AUGAAGGUGUUCUGCCGCUUUGCUCCGCCGCCAGCGGACCGCCCCCCCACCGCCACUGCCACGGCGGCGUCGGCUGCAAUCCUCGGUGUAAACACAUCAACGGGCGGGCAUUGUUGUAUCUCUAGGGGCUCAACUGAGGCCACUCUUCUUAUGCGAGCUGAAGGACCUUCCUCGGCGGCGGCAACGACAGCAGCUGCGUCUGCCAUCACCACCGGUACACGCGUCAGCCUCGCUGACCCCGUCACUCUUAGCAAGGCGUCGUUUUCCUGCGAUGGUGUUUUUCUCCCUUCAGUAGCCGCGGCAGCAACAUCAGGGGCUAUGGCUGCUCAACAACAACAACACCUCUAUGACGCCACGUGCCGGUGUCUGCUGGAGCCGGCGCCGCUCCUACUCGAGCAGAAGCGGCGGUGGGACGGCAGCGCCCCCGUGCCGAUGGCGGCACGUCGUAUUUACCUCGCCUAUGGACAGACAGCGAGUGGCAAGACGUACAGCCUCUUUGGCGAGACCCCCACGCGGCCUGGCGCCGAGGGACUGUCCCCUUCGGCAGGCGUGGUGCCUCGCUACCUGCACGAUGUGUUCUACUCAAGGAACGGCACAGCGCAGCAUCGCCUAGGAGGCACUGACAGUGGCAGCGCUGCCGAGGACGUCUUUGUUGAUCUUUCGUGCUUUGAGGUGUACAGCGAGGUGGUGACUGAUCUGGUUGCGCUCUCCGUCGUACUGUCGGCGUCGGACUUCCCAUACUCCACUAGCACGGCUGGGGCAGCACGAGGCAGCGCGGGCCGCCGCCUGAGCUCCAAGGCUCCGACUGACGCUGCAGCAGCAGUGCCCCACUCCCUGCGGUCUUCCGACCUACGGCGCCAGCUGCCAGUGUGGGUGGCACACCACCUGUACUGCAGUGAGCAACAGCCAGACGACGCUGACUCGUACGCGCAGGAGGAAUUGUUGUGUACGCGUGGUGAGAGCUCCGUGUCGGAAGCGACGGCCCGCACUGCCGCCGCUGGAGCAGCGGCCGCGCCGUUCGUAUCGUCGCCGACCCUGUCGCGGUUUCUCAAGACUGAAUACAAGGCUACUGAAAAACAGAAGGUGCUGCGGUCACUGGAGCGGGCACGAUGCACGACCUUCACCGAGGCGCAGGCAGUCCUACAGGCCCUCCUCGCACUGCGGCAGGCGUGCACCACCAGUCGCAACCAGAGCUCCUCCCGUGGUCAUCUUGUCCUAUGUGUCCAGGUCUACGCGCGUGCUGCGUCGGACAGUCCGGCAGGCGAGUGGAUGAUGCAGCACGAGACAGCUUUUGUGGAUCUUGCUGGAUCAGAGAGCGGCAAGCUCACCGAUGUGGACGUAGCCGAUGUGCGCGCCUCUCAGGUGGUGCACCAUCAGCCGAAGCGGCGAACACAGGCAACCACCAGCGCAGCGUCCUCGUCACGCGCGAGCAGCCAGCACAGUCGCAUCUUACUGGAUACGUCCAUGCAAUCUGACGUCUCCUCGAAGCAAAGCGGUAUCAGCAUCAGCACCACCACCACUACGAACUCGGCGUAUCAUCGCUCUCUCCUCCGCCCAUCUCCCGAGGAAGACAAGAAGGCGGCACAAGCACGGCGGCGACGCGAGACACGGUCCAUCAAUGCAAGUCUCCUGGCCCUUCGCAAGGUUUUCCGCGCCCUCUAUGAGGCGACACACCUGAGCCAUAUAGCCGUCACUCGAGAGUUGGCGGCGACAACACUCACACGUCGGCCGCCGCUGCGCCAUGCCCCCUUCAAGGACAGCGCUUUAACGGCAAUUCUCGAGCCCUUUCUGGUCCCGCAGCUCUCCGCAGCGCCUCCACCCUCCUCCACUUCCCCGAGUUCACCAUCGAGUGCGGCAGCCGUGCACGUCGUGCUGCUGGUGUGCUGCUCCAGCCGGUCCGUCGACUUCUUCGAGACAGUCUCCUCCCUGCGGCUGGGGGCGGAGGCGAGCGCCGUUAACCCGGAGGUCGUUCUGCGCGCGCUGCCAGUGCAACAACGCGAGCGACAACACCAGCCGCAGCUCUAUGCGUGUGUCACCCAUUCGCAGUCACACCACAACAGCAUCAGCUGCCGUCACCAUGGCGGCAGCACAUGCGCGGUUCGUGUUCCCCACGUGCUCUUCCGCAGCGCGUCGGCGCCGAAUCAACGGCUGGCACUUACAGGCGACGAGGAUGAGGUGAGGAAGGAGGACACCUUCAGUGGGUGCGCCAGCGCUCCCGGCAUCAGCGCCGCAGCUGACACUCGACUACGGCGCACGAGCGCGGCGUGCAGCGCUGCGUUAAGUGAGCCCCACGACCGGUGCAGGCCUGGUGAAGUCAUCAUGAGCGCCGCCGACGCUUCCCGACUCCGUGAUGAGGCUCUCCAGUACAAAGAAAUGGCCCAGAAGCUGUACAAGCAGUGCAAGUCCCUCUGCGAGAGCUAUGAUGAGUGUGUUGAUGAGCUGCGGUGGUACCGCGUCGCGCUGUCGGAGAGAGACGCCCGCGUCGCUGAGCUUGAGGCAGAACUCGCAGAAGUGAGUCAUUCACACGGAGCAGACUCAUCGCGGCGGCUGCAGAAGCCUCUGCCAAAGUCGCUGCAGCCGCGCACCCCAACAGAAAGCCGGAACAGCGCCACCGCCUGCGGAUCGCCUGCCGCACGCACGCCUCAUUCGUUGCCCCUUCAAUACAGGAACCGAGAAGCGGCUGCAGAAGAUGAGUCCCCCAAGGUCAUUCCAACCGCUAACAAUGGCGGUAGGCUGGAGGAAAAUGCCGCCCCUGCGGAGUCUGCCACAGCAUUGGUCGCUGCGAGGCGUAUGCGAGCCACUCCCACCAGCUCUACAGCACGAGAAGACAGUGAACGGUGGAUGGUGAGCGUGUCACCCUUCUCCACUGCGUCGCUCGCAGCAGGGACGGUAGUCCGCACGGCAGUGGUGCCCGACGACGUGGAGAGGCUCGAGGAAGCGGUUGGUGUCGACGGCAGCAGCGUUAGCGUUAGCGACGACACACGGUGGCCAAGGGGGAGAAGCAGUCGAAGCAACAGCAGCAGCAGCAGCACUGGUGGGCAACGCUGCAGGUCAACGAUUGAGCGACAGCAGCAGCACGCUCGAUGCGUCAUGAACACUUUCCUAGCGCGGCAGAUAUUCCCUCCCGAUGCGCCAGUGAAACCGACCCUGUCCACAUCGCCAUCCCGCGCGAGCUCUUCCUCUCCCCUCCUGCCGACGCUCUCAGCGUGCGGUACUGUGGCGACCGCAUCGUCGACGGCGCAACAGCAGCGGCAGACACGAAGCCACAUCAACUACCAAGAGAACGAGAGAGGCCCAUGCGUUCUGCACGAACACGAAUCCGAAGGCGAUGGGAGUCCGCUCACAGGGAAAGUGCACCUCGCAGCCGGCGAACCAUCACGCGCGAAAGAGUCGAUCGAGGGAAGUGCCGCUAUUGCCGCGACCUCUGCCUUCCUAUCGGCGCCGUUGCGUCAGCUGCACAACACGCCCCGCUCCUCCUCCUCCUCCUCAUCCGCCGACGCAACGGCGUCGUCCUCGCUGAAAGGGAGGGACAUCGUCAGUGCCGUGAGGUCUGCCUGCGACAGUGUCACGGUGGAGCCCGAGGCUGACUCAGCGAUCUUCCCGUCCUCUGCGGUUCCUGCCGCGUACGAGGCCGUUGCGCCAGCGGCAUCAGUCUCAACAUUGCCAGCCACGGCGACAUGGACGAAGAACUUGAAGAGCCGCAGUGCGGUGCACACUGUCUCGCACGACUCUCCGCUUCAGGGAACGUCGAGGCAGGCAAUCGCCAUGUCGAUGGACCGCAACGGUGAGUUACCUCACGCAGAGGCGGCGGCCGGCGGCGACGAGGAGGACGCCGUCGAGGAAGUGGUGAUCCAACUCAAGGAGCACGAGCAUUGUGACUCUCCUCUCAUCCUCGCGGCGACGUGUCAGUCGGCGGAAACCGUUCGGCGUGUAGAGAAGAACAGAGCGCCCUUGAUGCCGCCCUGCCGCAACUCUUCUCUCGGUGCAGUUGCCUCGGUACCCGUGACGCGGCCGACGUCGCCUCUCACGCAGGUGUACUACCUGUGA